CGGCGCCAUUGCUUUGAGAGGAAUACCGAGCAUCACCGAAUGUCGACACCGGCUCCGAAUUACUCCGAAACGAAUCCAGUGUUAGUGUAGCGUGAACCAUCGGCGCCCUGAAGUCGGAUACGGAAACAAGGCGGUUCGGAGUCCCGUACCGAGUAUUCGAUUUUUGAAUUAGAAUGGAGCGCUUAAAGCAAAUUGGAACUGGCCUUGUACAUCUAGCUUGGCGCCAAAAAUACGUCAUUAUUGCAAUUAUUCUGUUUCUCAUCGGUCUCUGCAUCAUUGUGUCGAAGACUUCGGUCGCUGAACCGUUACCAAAUUAUGCGGAUGACUUUUUCAUCGCAACCAUUGGCCAGCAAGUCGAAAAAAGCAACUACAACAACGAGAGCACUUCCAUGUUUGACCCUGGACUUUUGGAGGAGACACGGAAAAAAUGGAUAGUAAAUCGGUACAACGCGUCGUUGCCUUACAAUCUCGAUAACCCAGAAGUGAUCGACCCAUCGAUGGGACAAGCAGCGAAAAUCAAUGAAAUUUUCAAAAACAUGACGAAUGGGUUUUUUAUAGAGUGCGGUGCUUACGACGGUGAGACCAGAAGCAACACUUUGUUCUUUGAAAAAAACUUGAACUGGACCGGUAUUCUCAUCGAGGCCGAUCCCAUGAACUACCACAAGCUGCAGCAGAAAAAUAGGAAGGCAUUUUUAUCCAAUACUUGUCUGAGUACUAAAAAAUAUCCUAUGCUGGGAUCUUUUCUGAUGGCUGAUAACAUUGGUCGGUUACAUACGGCACACGGUCCUGAAGAAGAUGGCUUGGAAAACACUGCAGAUGUGGCUCAUCACGGCACGCAUAUCAAAAUACAAUGCUUACCAUUGGCAACUUAUAUCGCAGCACUUGAUUUGAAACGAGUAGAUUACUUCAGUUUGGAUAUCGAGGGACAAGAGUUAGAAGUUCUGAAAACGAUUCCUUUUCACAAGAUGGAUAUAAAGACUCUUUCCGUCGAGUAUAUUCACGGCGAUAAUAGCCUUGAGCAUAUGUCGUCAAUGAUGGAAAAGCAAGGGUAUGAUGUUAUUGGCUUGGUAACGCACGAGAACAACCUUGCGAACGAUUUAAUAUUUGCAAAAAAGGGGUUUUUAAAGUCGUUGCCCUGAGUGUGGCCAAAGGUUGAGUUUAUUACGCUUUCGCAGACAAGUUCAUAGUUUUUAACUACUCUCGAACACGUCGAAAAUUUACUACAGCGUUAUAUCACUCAA